CAGGCACACUCCAUUCAGAAUUUCUAAUGUGUCUAAUAUUGAUCUAUGAUGAAUAAUAACUGAAUUAUAACAAAAAAAUUUAAAAAGUUUCAGAAUAACUAUUAAAUUAUGGAGACAGAGAACAUCAACAUUAAAGAAUAUGAAGACUGCUUAUCAGAUUUCUACAGUGCUGUCCACUGGAAUGAUGAAGCAAAUAAUUGUGUCAACAAGCUUAGUACAACAGCUACAGUAAGGAAGAGUUCAUCUACAAGCGCUGUAGAUGAUGACGAAAACCCUUACAGCAAUGAACCACUUCUACCUCCACCUUACCCCAUCGGUUCUUCCAUCAGCCCUAAAUCAAGUUCACGUAUCACUAUUGAUAGUACAUUACAACGAGAGAUUUUGAAGCCAUUUUGGAAGUCAGACGCAGCAGACACGCGCCCCCCACCCAGCUGCCUGGCACAUGAAUGGUUGUUGUUCUCACGGGAAGAACGCAAGGCGCUUUACGAAUACGUGCUUCUGCACACACAGGCGCCGCCCCCACCCCCUCAACUCGUAUUACAGCCAGUGACUGAAAUCAACGACAGCAAAGACGAAGUCGUAAUACGUCAACAACAACGCGAUCUUAAACGUCGCAGACAAGCGUACAGAACCGCAGCUACCGGCAGCAAGACCCUCACUGAGGUGACGCGAGAAAUGAUAAACAACGUUAUGGAGCUCAUCGGGAUCCCAGUGGAUGACCAAAAAUCGAAAUCUCCGUCCGAAACCAGACCACUGCACAGCCGCGAUAUGUGCUCACAACCAUCAACCUCUUCUGAUAAAAGAAGAACUUCUAGAUGCCAUCGUGGUCACGAGGAGAAGGAAAGUAAAUCAGAAUACCACCGUGAAAAGAGCUCAUCUAGAUCGAAAAGAAAAACCGCGAAAGACGAUGAUGAACGAAAAGAUCACCGGCGGAAUAAAUAUAAACAUAACCCGUCUGAUGACUGCGACAGUCGCGAUAGAAAAUACGGCAGAGAAAGAAGUGCCAACAACGAUCGAUUCAACCGCAGAUGAGAAACUGUGAACCUAGUAAUAGCACAAAAUAAAAUAUAAGAUUGAUUUGUUUUAGAUUCGAAGAUUUAAAAAUCGUUACAUUAUAUUCAGCGUAAGUCUUUCUACGGCUUUCGAUGUGCAGUGUUCCUAAAUACAUUCCAAAUGAA